UUUUAGCACAUGUCGAAAAGCAUAUUUAUUACUCUUUUACAAGCUAAAAGCUCAAGUGGAGCGAUCUAUGGGCUUCUUGCAGUUUACCAACACGACAAUGGCCGAAUUGUCUGUAUAGGAUAUUUUUUAUUGGCUCAUACAUCCCAACCUGCCAUGUCUUUGGUUUUAAAAAUGGCGUAUACAAGCUUUUUGUUUGCCGGUUUACGCUGUUGAAUACUUUUCAAGAGCUCGCGCGUACUCGUACGAGACGUAAACGUCGUGAAUAUGAAAUUAAAGUACAUCUGUAGGUAUAUAAUCAACAUUGUGGACCCCGUGAACAAAUUUUUGUAGCGUUAUGGUGAAUUAGAAUGGUGCCCGUGGCUUGUCAAUCUCGCACGUCGUCAGGUUACCUAUUCGUAACGUAAAUAUCACCUAGCGAGCGUUUUAUAUUUCAGAUAUGACAGCGUCGCAAAAUAGUAGAUAAUGGAGAGUUCAGAAGAUGAUGCGGGCACCGCGACGAGCGCUUCCCGCCGUGCAUCGGCGCGGGAAAAGAACGUUGGAAAGGCAGAGGAGGGCAAUGCAACUAGUAGUUUGCUGCAGGAAACAUCUGAAGUUCGAACAUCGUGUCAAACGCCCGCGAUGUCGGAAGAAAACUUCGACGGCGACAGCGUACCAUCGCCGUCGUCACACGACGUCAACACUAGUACAGAGGCCAUUCUUGACAUGAUCGAUGAGUUUGUCGACGGUCCCGGUGCUCCAAAACGAUUACCGCACUCGUUAGACGCCAAUGUCGACUCUGAAAGUGGUGGUGGCAGUUCAGAUGUACCUAAAUUGCCUGAGACCGCCCCUCAGGACGACACACCACAGGUCCCGGCAGAACAUCCUGCCACAAGUGCCAAAAGUGAACAGGAGCCCCAAAAAAGUGUUAUAGGUGCACCAGUAGUACCAGAGUGUACAUCUCAAAGUGACAGUUGUGUUUCUGCAAGUGAUUUAAAAACUGUUAGUGUUGAUCCCCCCCAAUCAUGUUCAUCUGUAGGUGAGGGUGUAGUGUUGGCUGAAUCAACAUUGUCAGAGACUCUUGUGAAACCUAGUGACAACUCUGAGGUGUCAAGUGAGUGCCCGCCCUUAAAUAUUCCUUCCAGCAGUGUAGUAGAGACUGUACAAAGCGUUUUUGACGUUAAUGAGUGUCAAACACAAGAGCGGAUAAUGAAAUGUGUGUCAUCCAGUGAUAAUCGGGACAAUGUAACUGUAGAAAGUGCUGAAUCAACAUCAAGUGACAGUAAGUUGGUAGGUGUUGAGUCUGCAACAAGGUCACCAUUGAGACGUCGUCUUGUACGACCAGCACCUAGUGACCGUCGACCAGACUCAACAGUUUCAUCUACAGUGGACAUUCACACUUCGGAACAAAUACAUAGUGAUCAUGUAACUAAAGAUGUCUCGAGUUCAUCGGAUGCUGUGCCUCCUGUACAUGGUAAUGUUAAGCUUGAAGAGAUUAGAAAUGUAAGUGAAAUUAGUGUCUGCAAAGCAGAAACGUCUAUGAGUCCUCCUAAAAAAAUUAAAUUAAUUAGACAGAAACAUACACCUGGUACAAGUUAUAAGGAUAAUAUACAGGAUAAACAAGAUUUAUUACAUGAUCAACAGCAGUGUCAGUCAACAUCUCAAGAUAAUAUAGUGACUGCACAUUCUGAACCCCAAGUUGAAUCUUUAAGUUGUACUAGUGAAACAAACUCACAGUUAGAUGUUAAUAUUGAAUGUAAAGAUAUUGGUAAUAAUGAAAUUUCUGUCCAAAUGUCAUCAUCAUCUGAUGAGUGUAGUUCGAAACAAGAACCUGUAAAAAGUCAAAUUGUCACUAAAUGUACUUCUGAAAUACCUUUAAAAGAAAAUAUUGAAAGUACACAUCAAAAUGAAAGUCAACUAGAUUCUACAUGCAUAUCCAAUUUACCUGAAUGUUCAGUUUCAAAAGUAGAUACCACUCAUAUGGAUGUAUUUAGUAAUAGUAGCAAAUGUGAUGAAAGUUUAUCUGAACAGUCGGAUCUGUCUACAAAACAGGUUCCUAAAAUAACUAUCAAAUUGGGUAACAAACCUUCAGAUGAAACAAAAUCAUCAAUACCCAAAGUUACAAUAAAACCAAUAAAACCACCUGCAGAUGAUGCAAGUGAAUCAAAUGAACAAAUACCAAGCAUUACUAAACUAAAUAUUAAGCCUAUUCCAAAACCAUCAGAUAAUAUGGAGGAUCAUUCCAUAAGAACCACGGACAGUGAUAACAAGGUGGAUAAUGAGGAACAAAUACCACUUGUGACCAAAAUAAAUAUAAAACCUAUACCAAAACCACCUGAAAAAAUAAAUGAUGUGCACAGAAAAUCAAGUAGUAGUGAAAUAUCAGAGUCUGAAAAUUCAGAGAAUGAUGAAAGUGCUAGUACAUCUGACCAAGCAUCAGCAUCAGAUCAGGGAUCAUCAAAUGUUAUUCCAAAAGUAACUAUUAAGCUUGGAAAACCUGGCACCCAAAGUGAAGGAAAGUUUUAUACUGAAAAAAAUACUCCAAAACGUACUGUAAAAACUAUACAACACAGUGAAAAAGAGGAUACAGAAUCUAGUUCAUCUGUUUCUAAACUAAAAUUGGUUGUUACCCAAUCUGAAGAGAAACAAAUAGAAAAAAUCCCAAAGUUGACAAUCAAGACAGUAACAAAAUGUGAAAGUCAACCAUUAAGUCCUAAACUGACAAUAAAACCAUUGAAGCCUCCAGAUAAUAUCAAUAAAGAUAGUCCAGUUGAUUUUUCUGACACACAUCAGAUACCUAAACUUAAGAUAUCAACAGAAUCUUUUUCUUCAAGUACAGAAAUAAAAGAAAAUACACAUGUGCCUAAAAUUACUAUAAAACCUGUCACAAGAACUGAUAUAGAUAAUAAAAUACUCAAAAAAUCAACAGUUGUUAGCAACAGUCCUGAACAUAUCCCUGUUGUUACAAAAUUAAAUAUUAAACCUAUUUUGAAACCAUCAGAGAACACAGAAACGUUAGAAAUUUCAGAAGAAAGAGUUCCUGUAGUUUCAAAAUUGAAUAUAAAACCUAUUGUUAAGCCUAAAGAUGAAGAAAUAAAUUGUAGUUUAGAAGAUAUUCCUAAAAUAAAAAAAUUAAAUAUAAAACCCUUAAAAAUUCCUGAAGGGAGUUCUUCAGAUGAAAAAAUCUGUGAUGAUUUGAAUGCUGUCAUUGAUGAAAGUAAUAUACCUAUGGUUACUAAACUUAAUAUUAAACCAAUAGUUAAACCUCUUGAUGAAGAUACAAUAAAAGAUUCUGAAAAUCAGUCAUCUGAGACUGGGAAUUCAAGUGAUGAAAAUACUGAUCAUAUACCGGUUAUAACAAAAUUAAAUAUAAAGCCAAUUGUAAAACCAAAUGACUUAGAAGAGAUUGCUAGAUCUAAAUCAUCAAAUGAUGAAAUUAUUCCUGUAGUGACUAAGUUAAAUAUAAAGCCUUUAGUUAAACCAGAAGAGAGCACAUCUCCAUUGUCACCUAAAAAAGACAGUUUAAAAGCAAGUACAUCCCCAUUGUCACCUAAAAAAGAUGCUUUUAAAACAGAUGUUAGAAGUUCUACUAUUCCUGUGAUUACAAAAUUAAACAUAAAACCUGUGAUGAAACCGGAAGACCUAGAACUACAAAAAUUAAGGGAUGAGAAUCUUGAUAAAUUAGUCAAAAAUCCACCACUGCUUAUGAAAAUCAAUAUGAAAGUGGUGGCUGAUCCAUCAAGCAGUGACACCACAAACAUUGAUAAAAAAAUUAAUAAUAUUGAUGAUAGCAGUGAACAUACAUAUAAUAAUAUUGCUGAAAGUGUACCUAUAGUGAAAAAAUUAAAUAUAAAACCUGUAGUGAAAAUUGAAACAAAUGAAAUAGAAGAAACUCCUAUGGACAAUUUAGAAGUGGAUAAGCUAGAUAAUAAAGUUGAUGAUGACGAGAUAAGAAUAGUUAAAAAGGAUGUUAAAGAAAAUACUUCUUUAGAAAACUCUCUUGAACACAAUUGUGUUCCAGAAAAAGAAGGGAAAAAUGUUAUAGAUCAGUGUAAGGUACUUCACAAUGAGCAACCAACCUCUAGAAUAACGACAGAAGUAACUCAAGCUGGUAUUUCAGAGGGAUCUAUAUCUACUGAAGUAGCUCCUUUGUCACUAGAGUUAACAAAUGUUGUCAACAGUAUUUCAAAACAUAGUUCUGUAGAAAAUUUGAAAUCAAAUAUACCAGUAACAAUUCAGAAGUCUGAAACAGAUGAUCUAAGUAAAGUAGUAAAUAAAACUGUGAAGGACAAUGCCACAGAAAUGCCCAAUACAGAAAUAACAAGUUUUAAAAAUAAACAACAGUUUCCAUCUGUACAAAAUUGUACUUUAUUAAAAAAGCUGCUGGAAAGUACUGAUGAUAGUCUAGAUAAAAGACUUGAAGAACCUCUACAGAGUAAUUAUUCUUCUGCACCUUCAGUAGUUUGUAAGGAUACAGUAAAUUGUGAACAGGUUGAUUGUGAUGUUAACACAGAACUUAACUCUAAUAUUAGCCAUAACAUGACAGAAAAUAGAACAAGCCCAAGUUCUGAAUUAAUAAGUGACAAUAGUGAUAAUGUGGGAGCUAUAAAAAUUCGGUCAAUCCAGGAUUUAUGCAAAGAAGCAAAUGAUGAUUUAAAAAAUCCUUUGGAAAUUAAUGUAUCUGAAAAGAUUAUUAGUCAAAGUUCAGGACAAGAUUCACCACGGAUAAUUUUGAAAAUAAAUAAGACUGAUCAUGGACCUUCAGCUAAAAUAGUCACUGAAGAUAUAGUAAGUAGAUCUGAGACAAUUCAACAACAGAACUAUUCCUCAGACAAUACUCAAGAAAAUAUUAAUGAUAAACAAAGUCCAAAAAAGAAUAUUGUCAAUAGUAGAAGAAAACAAACGUUAGAAGUAUCACAGAGCGCACCUAUGGGUAAAAGGCUCCGGAGUUCGAGGGUUGUAGAAAAUAUGGAUAAAACUACCAUAGUAAGACGAAAUGUUGGGAAAAGGCCAUCUACAACAGAUUCCAGUCCACCACUCAACAAAGAGCCAGAACUGUCUGUACUUGAGACAAAAAGGUUAAAACUUGGCCAACUUUUGUCCAAUAAAUCUUUAACAAUUACACCUGUAAAAACUACUCAAACAUCACCAACCAACAAAACUUUAGAUAAUAAACAAACAGUCAGGACUGCCAACCAUUCACUUUUGAACAAUGAAAAUUGUUCUAAAAAUGGCAAUUCAAAAUUACAUAACAUAUUAUCAAAUUUACAAGCCAAACAGAUGCAAGCUGUACCCCUCAAUGAUAUUAAUUGCUCAGAAAAAAGUCAAACUUCUGAAGUGGAUUCUAAUAUUUCGACUGGAAGUUCAGAUGUGGUAGAAAUUGGAAGAAUUGAUAACUGUCAUCCAGAUGUUCAGGAGAUGAUGAUCAAUGAAAGUUUUGAUUUGAAUAUUCCUGGCGACGAUAUGUCACAGGAUCCACUAGAAAUGGACAUCUCUAAAAGUCUAGAUAAUGCAAACGAGAAUGUAAGCAUUCCUCAGCCGUUACAGAUGACGCCGCAGCCGAAAAAGCGCGGUCGACCGCGUAAACUGCCAGUAUCGGAAGGCGCCAAACCUGUUACGUUGCCUACUCCUGCGUUAGAGGAGCGACCCCAGCGGUCCUUGCGCUUGUCGAGAGAUCGGCCUGCGAUACUAACGAAGCCACGGGGCGGCCGGGGCAGAGGCCGAGGACGAGGCCGGCUCGUGCGGCCCGACGCAGUCCCGGGCGCAGAGGCCGAGCCGGAGCCCGAGCCGGUGGCGGGCACCGUCACCGUCACCGUGCCCUUGCCCGCGCCCGACCCUGAAGACUCCGAGCCGAUAGACCCCACCAGCUCGCGGAUUAAGCUGCCGCGCAUGACGGAGGCACUCGACAAGAUGCCCUCGUCGUGCUCCACGCCUCUGUCGAGCCGCCGCCGUAGCUCCGCCACGGAUAUGAAGUUGUUCGGGGAGACGCACGAGCUGAAGGUCGUACUGGACACGUUGCCCAAGCUGGAGGAGCCGUACAAGUCCCCGGAGGCGAGUAGCGGUGGCCGCGGUAGCCGAGGCCGCGGUCGUGGCUCGCGAGGACUGCGGGGGCCGCGGGGUCGGGGCCGCGGCCGCGGCGGCGGCAGGGGCGCCAUGUAUAUGAAGGAAACACUGGGUAUAUAUGGGCGGGUAUGUGGCCCGGCCACGACCACUGUCCAGCUAUUUGAAGAGGAGACGUGUAUGAUGGACGACAACGCCACGCCCGCCAAGCCUUCACAUUUGCUCGAUGAGGAUUCACAGAGUUCAGUCAAGAGUUCAACAAACGAGAGCAGCAAAAUGAAGAAGUCCAAGUUUGCUGAUUUGUUUGAUAGUAAUAAAGUGUGGACGGCCGCCGAUGUGAAAGAGUAUAUGUGGCCUGAUCCCGAAAAAGCCAAUGAGGAACCACAGGUGAUGAUGAUCCAAGAGCAGGUGGCAAUGUUCCUGGGCGUGAAGAGCUUCAAGCGGCGCUACCCGGAACUGAAGCGGCGGACCAUCGUCGGCGACGAGCGGGAGUACGUGCUCGCCAGGGGACUCGUCACCGACGCGCUCUGCGAUCUCGGUAUAACGGCCGUGGAUGCCAGUGAGGUGCUAGACAUAAUGCUGUCCGAUUACCCUCACAAGUAUGAGGAGUAUCGGUCCCACCAGCGGGAGAAGCAGUUGACCAAUACUGAGUUGCUAGUUGAAGAUGUCAAGAAAGAAAGUACAGAAGAGAAGUCUGAGAAGGUGGAUGUAAAAAUAGAAUCGAAACCGGCCGAGAAACCUGAACCACCUAAAGUCGAUCCUGAGAAGACGAGACAGGACAUGGCGGCGGCGGCGAUAGCGUCGGCGAGCGAGUGGAACGCGCGGCUGAACGCGCUGCGGCGGCCCGCGUGCGCCGACCUGCAGUCGCUGGCCGUGCAGCGCCGCCGCCCGCCGCCGGCAGCGCCACCUGUCGUGCGCGUGCGUCCGCCCGCCGGCUUCUACCCGCACGCACUGCUGCCCGGCCAGUACCAGCACUCGUACAGGGUCUACACGCCGGACCAGUUGCGGUACUUCCCGCUGAACACGGCGCUGUCCGCGCCGCCGCCGCCGGCGCCGGCCGCCGGCAGCCGCGCGGCGGCCGCCAGCUCCGACGACGACGGCGACUGGCCCGAGCGCAGCUCCAGCGACGACUCGGACUCGCGUCCGCAGCCGCAUCACGCGCAUCACGCCGCCAAGCGGAAAAAACUAACGAAGGUGAAGCGAAGCAGUCAAAUAGACAGCAAAGACAAGGAAAAAGAGGUAUCGGUGAAGGAGGAGGCGCGCGAGGACGAGGAGACGUGCCGCGUGUGCAAGCUGCGGCUCGAGGCCAACCGCAAGUACACGCACGAGAGGUUCCUCGUCUGCGCCACAUGUAAUUCUAAACAACACGCGGCAUGCGUGCAACUGGCCGCCGCUAGCGCGCGCCGCGCCCGCGAGUAUGCGUGGCAGUGCCAGAGCUGCAAGGUGUGCGGCGUGUGUGGUCGACCCGCUGUUCCCUCAGCCGCCGCGGACACCCCUCUCGUGUGCUGCGAGCUGUGCGAUCGUUCUUACCACGCGACCUGCAUCGGCCGCGACGCGCCGCCCUCAGGACGGUGGCACUGUUCCGAGUGCGCCAUCUGUAAGUCGUGCGGCGCGCGGGACCCGGCGGGCGCGGGGGCGGCGGCGGCGGCGGGCGCGGGCGCGGGCGCGGGCGCGGAAGCGGAGUGGCACCACCAGACGCGGCGCGGGCCGGGCGGACACAAGCUGUACUCGCACUCGCUGUGCACGCCCUGCGCCAGUAAAUCCAAGAGGGGCCACGUCAAAACGUGAACACGUUUAGAUCCAUAAAGAAGAAUAUAUAGCGAUGGACGCAGAUGAAAAGUACAAACUUUUUACAAAGUCUUUUCGAUGAUUUAUGUGUCAUUUGUUUAAGUAAUUGGUCUUGGUAGUAAUUGUACACUCACGUCAUCUCAUAUGCGUGUUCUAUGUGGACUAACACGAGCUGAUCAUUGUGUCUCGACGUCUGCCUUCACUCUGUCGACAUCCGCUUUGUCUCUGGUAUCUCGUAGCAUUUUGGCCCCCGCAGAAUGUUUACUCUAUGCCCCAAAGCGUUCUUACUCAGCACACCCCCUUAACGAUAAGUUGCAUGCUACCAUAUCCCAUGAUAAUGUAAGUCUUUUUUAUCCUACACCUAUGUGAUGGCUGUUUGCUCAAAUGUCUUCGACUAAUACUAAAUAUAUUAAUUUGUAACCGAACUGUGAAUGUUGUGAGCAAACAAUCUUCAUUAGAACAGAACAGCAAAGUGGACAGUGAGCCUUCACUGCUCGGGUUGAGGGCUUUCUUCUCAGUAACUCUGUCGAAGUAAUUCUACAGCACCAAUAUGUAUUAUAAACAGCACCGGCUAUUGCCCUGUAUUUCCGUAUAACCAAACUUUACUGUUCCUCUUUUGAUAAUUUUAUUCAUAUACUUGAUUAAUUUAAACUAAUUCAAUACAUUUAGAUAGUUGGUAUUACUCAAUUAAUAUCGAAAGGGGCUGGAAUACUCGCGCUAUUGCAUUUUUUGUUACCGAGUCUAUUUUGUUUUCUUUUUUUUAUGCAACUUUUAAUGGCAAACAAGCUGACGGCCCACCUGAUGGAAAGCGAUAACCGUCACCUAUAGACAUGAACAGUACCAUGGACAUAACAGAGUAUACUGUUCGCCCAUGAUACCCCCCAUGUGUUGCCAUUCCUGAGGACUCAGGUGUUAUUUCUCUAUAUGUGUAUUAUUUUUAAUGAUAUAACGAUAGUAAAUAGUGACAUUAGAUAUUUUAUUUUAAACUUUUUUUUUUUACAUCAAAUAAAUUGUUUAACAAGAAUAUUAUCAAUUUGGUAACAGACUAGAGGUUGUAGAAAUCGUAUGAAAAUUUCAUUAAUUCGAGAUAUAUUUUUUUUCUUUAAUGACCUUUACUAUAUUUACAGUUUUUUUUUAGUUUUUAUUGUUCCAAUGUUAUUCAAGCUAGCUAUACUACUAAGGAUUGGUCAGUAAAGUGCAUUUAACGAAUUGUACUAUAUAAGGAAAUAAAGAAAUUUACUGCUACAUUUUUUUUUCGAAAAGUCGUGUUAAAGUGUUUCAAAAAUGGACAUAACUAGGCCACUCCGCCAAUAAGUAUAUUAAAUCUUUUAACGUGCCCAAUAUAAACUAUGUACAAUAAAGAUUUUACAAAACAAUACAAUAAAAAUGAAUGUAUAACAAUAGAGACAUUCCAGCCCCUGAGAGAUCGUGUAAUAAGUUUUAAUACCUUGGGUACUUUGCUUUUUGUUCCGAUCACGGAUUUGUCGCCUCAAUGUACCAUCAAUGACGAUCGAUGUCGACAUCAUUCAUCAUUGGAGUUUAUAUCCGAGACUAACCAUAACCCAUCGCCACAUCUUAUGACUAACACGGACGUAAUACAACGAUAUUGUUUCCAAAUGCGUUCACUAACAUUAUAUGUCUUAUUACUUGUCUUCUGGCUCAAAUAUACACAUGUUAUUGUAUAAAACAUACAAUUACUUUUUUUUAAUAAAACGAGAUAGCAAUAUUAAAUACUUUGUUGUUAUGCGUGCUGUAGCGUAAACAUUUAUACAAAUUGAUGACACACACAUAGAAAACUUAUUUUUUUAUACUUUUGUCUAGAGAAGUUACACACAUGUAACUCAAAUAAGAUAUAUUUCACUGGAAUAGGUAUUAUUUUGCGGAAGUUCAUCACCGGUUAUUUGUUUAAGUCAUUAAAGCAAUGUAAUUCUAAUAAAAUAACAAGUCAAAUGGAUAUUUUAUAUAAAAAUGAGAUUUUUCCGGAUAUAUAGCUACUUAAAUUAUGAUAAUAUGGGACUAACACGGGAGUGAAACCUUAUCGAAAUUAAUAAAGUCGCUUCAGAACUAGUGAAUAUUUGCAAAAAGAAUCGUUAUAGAUUGUAGGUGUUUUCUUUUUUGAAGUCCCUUAACUAUAUACAUAUAUAAACAAAUUAAUAUACAGGGUAUGAAAAGGUAAAUUAAUUUAAAAUAAAAUAACUGACUUAGCUUUCCUUCCAAAGGUCAUUAGUCGCAAUUCUACUAGUACCUCCUACUAGUUUAAUAGUGGUAAUUAUGAAAACUUCUGAGUGUUUGUUUUACAUUAACACUUGAAUAGUGGAAGAGAAUCGAAUGAAAUAUACAUAGAUAAAUACAGGAUUAUUAUUAUUUGAUACGUCAAUUUUAAAAAAUCUGGCCUAAAAUGACAAUUUGAUUUAAUCACAUUAUAUUAUUAAAAACUCUAAUUCUAGUGCAUAGUUAUCAUCAAAAAGCAUAAAAAAACAAACAAUUAAUAAAUUUUUAUAAUUGUAUAUUUGGUUUUUUUUUUUAAUAAAUUUUCUAUUCAUGCCAAUUUUCAAAAAAUUCAAGCCAGUAUUGAUUUUUUUUUUUUGUUAUUUUCCCAGCAGCCAUCAAUCGAUAUUAGCACUGAUAUAUUCCGAGUUUAAACGUAGCUACAAAUAAAUGGCGAGUAAACACAGGACGAGAUAACUCGUAGUUGGUGUCCUAGAAAAGAACGCACUCUGCCGAGUUAUCUCGUAGUUGGCAGUCAACAUGUUAAAAUUAUGUUUGUGUCACUUCAUAGGAAAUAUUUUUAUAUUUUUCAAUUGCAUGCAAGAUGAAAGAAUUAAUAUAUUUUGUUUAUUCUUUCAUAAGUCAUCAUCUUUCACACUUUCAAAAGUUAUCAAAAAUAUUUUCAUAUAUAAGGAAAGUUCACUAUUAUAUAUAAUGCAGUUAGAUUUCGGAUUGUUGUACCUUUUUUGUUACACAUUGAGUAAACCCUUAGAUCAUAUAACAUUAUUAUAAUAUUAUAUGACGAAAUACACAAUAUACUUAAAAUAAAUAAAAAUAACUUAAAUUUGUUUUUCUUCAUAUCCAUGUAUAUCAAUAAUUUAUUCAAAUGUUAUAUAAACUAUAGGUAAUAUCGAAAAUAUUAAUAUCUUUUUAAAGGAGUUUCUACAAGUAAAUUUAAACUUUUUUUUUAACACGUAGAAUUAGACAUACAUAUUCGUGUAACAUUUUACAUAUAUUGCAUUAUUUUCUCCACACAUUUAUACACAUACACACACACACACACACAGGAGCCUAGAAGAGAAGUAAUAACGUAUAAGGUGUGAGACCGGGACGGGACGGGACGUGAGUAGAGCGAGACCGUCCGCCGUGCAGUGUCUCGUUUUGAUUACUAAUAGCGUGUUUCUGUGUUCCGGUGCUUGUGCGCGUACGGUCCGUAUGUGUGUGUGCGUACGUACGU